AUGGCGGCGGACGCCGACGGCGGGGAGCUCGUGCCGGGCGGCGACUCCAAGACCGUCGGCGACGAGUGGAAGGACCCCGACCUGGGGGACGUCAACCUGGACGCACACCUGGGCAAGAUCGUCCCCAAGUACCACGUCUUCCAGGAAAUCUUCCACAUCACUGUGUGCUCGUUCUGGCUGUUCAUGGUCGCAUCCAUUCCGCUGGCAGUGGCCCUCAUGGACGGGGAGAUCACGCAUGCGCACGUGUUGCAGGCCACCGUCCUGUUCGUCCUCGUGGUGGUCGGCCUCCUGAUGUGCGUCAGCGUGACGCAGUUCAAGUCUAUUCACUGGGAGGGCGCCAGGCACCUCACGAUCGUCGAGACGGUCUACGUCAUGAGCCAGAUCCUCACCACCGUGGGCUACGGCGACAUCACCCCAGCGCACGAGGAGCUGGAGAAGGCGCGGAUUCCUUCGGCGUGA